AUGCCGCGCACCAAAAAGAUACACGCAUUAAAGCGGCCGAAACUCCGGCAAUCAUGGUCCAAAUUCAAUCUCUACAACCUCUCUCGCGUGACGACACCCCCAGCAGCGAACAAGACCUUCUUCCAGCAAAAAUGGCUCGCCAAGUCAAUGCUACGAUCAUAUCACAACCCGGACGUACGAGAAGGAACAUGGACGCGGAUGUUCGAUAGGCGAUUACCGGCCGUGGUACCGAUGGACCACAGAUACCUGGCGAAAUACGAUGGAAGCGAAAUGGCUAGUGGGAGGGGUAUGGGCGUGGACAAGAGACCGCAGAAAGAUGCGCGAGGGAAUGAGGUACGAGGGCCGGAGAAGACUCCAUACAUGCAUAUGACUUUCCAUCCGUUGGAAAGGAGGUUGGAUACGGCGAUUUUCAGGGCGCUGUUCGCUAGUAGCACGCGAGAGGCGCGGCAGUUUGUUGUGCAUGGCUGGGUGAAGGUUAAUGGCAAGAAGAUGAUAUAUCCGGGCUAUCAGCUCAACCCUGGCGAUAUGUUCCAGGUGGACCCUGAGCGGGUGCUGUAUGCGACUGGUGCGCGGAAGAUCAAGAAGGAUAGGGCGGAGUCGAGUCAGGAGUUGAGGCGGAAAGCUGAGGAGAAGGCGGCGAAGAAGGAGAAGGCAGAGGAAGACCGAGCUGUGGGAGCUGCUGUGGAAGAAGAGGCAGACGACGGCAAAGUCGAGAUCACCGCAGAAGAGGAGGACAGCGCAACCGACAGCGGAAAAGCAUACAGCAAAGAGCUCAAAGCGCUUCUGAAACGAGCAACCAAUAUCCUCGACGACUCGAAGCGCGAUCUCUCCGGCAAGCGCCAACAAGAACUGCGCAACUUCCGCAAAGACGUCAAAUCCACCUUCUCCAAACUCCGCGGCAUGGAAGAAUCCGACCUCCAGGAAACGACGGAAACCUUCGAAACCGCCCUCGCCGAAAUCCUCACCAAAGUCCCCACAGACGUGGACCUCCCCAAAAACGAACAGCGCGCAGCAGCAGAAUCCCCCUCCACAGAACCCCUCCCCUCCAACCCCCAACUCCAAAACAAACCCACCCUCGACAUCCACCGCGCCCGCAAAGACGCCGAACUCCUCCAAGCGGCCCUCGAACGUGCGCGCGCAAACCCCGUCGACACCUCAAAGCCCUACGCCACGCCGUGGACACCGCGAGAUUACAUGAGCGCGUUUGCGUUCAUCCCGAGAUAUCUCGAAGUGAAUCAGAAUAUCUGCUCGGCGGUGUAUCUGAGACAUCCCGUGGCGCGGCCGGGGCUGGCGGAGGUGCCGACGCCGUUCCAUGCGGAGACGAUGGCGUUGGGGUUUAAUUGGUAUUUGAGACGGCGGUAG